UCAUCAUGAAUUAUACUUUUCAUCUCCUCCCUUUAAUACUCUUGCCACCUAAAUAUCUUUAAGAGAAGAAAAAGGAGAAACAGAGAGGAGAAAUGAACCACACAGUGAUCACAGAGUUUGUCCUGCUUGGCCUUUCUGAUGAUCCUGACCUUCAGAUUGUGAUUUUCCUCUUCUUAUUUAUCACAUACAUAUUAAGUGUCGCUGGAAACCUGACUAUCAUCACUCUAACCUUGGUGGACCCUCAUCUACAGACACCAAUGUAUUUCUUCCUCCGAAACUUCUCUUUCUUAGAAAUCUCAUUUACAACUGUCUGUAUUCCUAGAUUUCUAGGAGCAAUUAUCACCAGGGAUAAAACUAUUUCCUUUAACAAUUGUGCAGCCCAACUCUUUUUCUUUAUUUUCAUGGGGGUGACAGAAUUUUACAUUCUCACUGCCAUGUCCUAUGACCGCUACGUUGCCAUCUGCAAGCCUCUGCAUUACACCGCCAUCAUGAACAGGAAACUCUACACCUGGCUUGUGCUCUGUGCGUGGCUGGGAGGGUUCCUGACCAUUUUCCCACCCCUCAUGCUUCUGCUCCAGCUGGAUUACUGUGCUUCCAAUGUCAUUGAUCACUUUGCAUGUGACUAUUUUCCCCUUUUACGACUGUCUUGUUCAGAUACAUGGUUUCUAGAAGUCAUCGGUUUUUACUUUGUGUUGGUUGCUUUGCUAUUCACUCUGGCAUUGGUGAUUUUAUCUUACAUGUAUAUUAUCAGAACUAUUUUGAGAAUCCCAUCUGCCAGUCAGAGAAAAAAGGCUUUCUCCACAUGUUCCUCUCAUAUGAUUGUCAUCUCCAUCUCUUAUGGAAGCUGUAUAUUCAUGUACGCUAAUCCCUCGGCAAAAGAAAGGGCAUCAUUGACCAAGGGAGUAGCUAUUCUCAAUACCUCUGUUGCCCCCAUGCUGCACCCCUUCAUUUAUACUCUGAGAAACCAGCAAGUGAAGCAAGCCUUCAAAGAUGUGGUCCAUAAAGUAGUAUUUUCUUCAAAUAAAUAUUUAUUUGGCAAAAAAAGGACACUCUACAGUGUAACUAGGUAA